GUCAUCUCUAGGAAGUAGUAGCUGCAGAGUACAGCAGGCGUGUGGUGGGUUGUUUGUAGAAACAUUCAAAAUAUUUGCAAAAUGUUCUGUGCAAGAUUGAUAAGACAAUUUAAGUUUAGAGGAAGGCAAUUGCAUUCAACUCUUGUAAAAAAUGAAAGCAAACCUGUUUCGGAGACAACUAAAAGUGCUGAAACAUCUAAAGCUUCAGAAUCAAAAUCUAGUGACCAGAAAUUGAAUGAGUUUGCAAUUGGGUCACCUAUGUAUGCUCUAAGUAAUUUUGAUAAAAGAAUAUUAGUUUGGGUUAAACGUUUUCCUAGUUUAGAUCAGGUUCCAGAUCAAGUGAGUAUAAGAACCAUACAGCUAGCACACACUAAAGCAAGAAUUAUAGUAUGUGGUUACAUGAUGGUCUUUGCAAUAAUUGGCUGCAUUAUAGCAGUAUCAAUAGGAAAAAGAGAUACUGCAGCUGGAGAAAAUAUAGCAACAGUAAGAAUGAGAUGGUAUAAAGAAGUUGCGGAAAAAGGGCGGAAAGAAGCUGAGGCCAGAAGGGCUAAUGAAGCUAACACGGAGUAAAAAACAAAAUGAAUAAAAUAGUAUUUUA